CUAUUAUCUACCAUUACUUGAACCAAAAUGCGAACAAUGCAUAUAAAUUCACUAUGUUAAUCUCUCUAAAUUAUUGUUUAGUGUUUCAAAUAUCACAUGUACUAAACCAGUAGAACAAACAUGGAAUACUGGGUCCAAAAUCCUUAUUUAAGUUUCAGCCGUUCAGGACAAACACUAGAAUACUUGAAAAGGAAGCAACUGAUUAAUCUUCAGGACUUAAAUCCUUUCAUUAAUCUUCCCGCUGCAAAGUGAUCAUAUUAUAUAAACACAGUAUUAAUAACUUGUACUUUUGUUUGACAACUUGCAAACUUACCAUAUAUAGUUUAAAAGACGCACCAAUUACUAGUUUUGCAGUGUCAUUUCUUGAAUCUAGUGUCCUUAUAAUAUUCACUUCAACAACUUCCUACUUCAUUGUGUUUCCCACCAGUCUUCUACAGUUCUAUCCAUUGUUUUCUCACUCAUCUUAAGUCCCUUUUUGCAGUCAAAGAUUCUUCCUAAUUUAGUGACUAGUUGUCCAAAGGAUUUUCACUUUCUUCACGUCUGAUUUUUGUAGCAAUGACAUCAAAAACACUUUCUUCUCCAAACACCAGUCUAAGAUGGACACCCCAGAAGAACAAACUGUUUGAAAAUGCCUUGGCAAUAUAUGAUAAGGACACCCCUGACCGUUGGAACAACAUAGCUAUGUUUGUUGGAGAAACAGAAGCUGAAGUCAAGAGGCAAUAUGAGAUGCUCCUUGAGGACAUAAAAAACAUUGAGUCAGGCAAGGUUCCCCUCCCUGCUUACAGGAGAAAUGCUGGAUGUACCAAAGUAAGCAUCAGCAAUGCAGAGCAAAGGCUGAGGGAUUUAAAACUAUGAAGAAACCUUCAAUGUGAAGAGGAACACCAUUUUUUGGGAAGUCAUUUUAGCAUUGCUCUUCAUUACCUCUGUUUUUUCCUUUGAACUGGAUGUUGUAAAUUUCUUCCGUGAUUAGCAUUAACCAUGCAUCUCUUUUUAUGUAAGAACAGAUAAAAGGCUUAAGAAGCAAUGAUGCAACUUCAUAUU